AUGAAUUCUGGCUCUGCAACGCAGGAAAGCAACGUAAAUUGUAGAGGAAAAUCGAAAACAAGUGAAUUGGACGAGGAAUGUGACGAGUUAAUUAUAAUACAUGAAGAAAAUACUUCUAAUGUGGCCGCUCAACCUCCCAGUGAUAAUGUGCAAGCAGAAUCGACUACGAAUUGUGACGAAGACUCCUUUGUACAUAUUAGUGUGAAAUUCAAUUGUUCGUAUUCGCAGAUCCCUAGUAUCAUUUGACAGCUCAGAUAUUUAUUAUAUCUACUGACAGCUUGCAUUAUUAGACGAAUUAUUAUGCCGAAAAUGAACGGAUAACUAAGGCGCCUUCAUUUUUAUCGUUUGGAAAUGGUUUCAGGUGAUUAAGAUUCAUGUUCUAUUGUUGGGGAGACAAUUAGGAGGUAUGAAACAG